AUGAAGGGCUACCAUGGGGAGCGUAGCCAGACACAGCCCUCCUCUGGCCACCGCUGCCGCUGCAUCCCAGAGGACUGCCAGCAUCCUGCCAGCUACGGCCCCGAGGCUCAGGCCCCGUUCCUCCUCAGCCCCAGCGAGCCGCGUUCCCUGGAGCAUCCCUACUGCCCGGCCCGGAGCCCUGGUGCGGCCAGCGAGUGCCCGGCUGGGCCCUUGAGCGAGCCGGCCUCCGCCAGCGCCAGCAGCACCUUCCCGAGGAUGCACCACGCCCAGCAGCAGCAGCCCUACGACUCCUGCGACGAAUGCAUGGCGGCGACUGCCCACCCUGCCAGCAAGAUCAACCGCCUGCCCCCCACGCUGCUGGACCAGUUCGAGAAGCAGCUGCCGCUGCACCACGACGGCUUCCACACGCUGCAGUACCCCCGGGCCGGCGGCGCCGAGCCCCGCAGCGAGAGCCCCAGCCGCAUCCGCCACCUCGUCCACUCCGUCCAGAAGCUCUUCGCCAAGUCCCACUCCCUGGAGGCGCCAGCCAAGAGGGACUACAACGGUACCAAGAUGGACGGCCGCGGGGACGGCUACCACCACCACCACCACCACCACCACCAUCACCACCACCACCAGUCCCGCCACGGGAAGCGCAGCAAGAGCAAGGAGCGCAAGGUGGACUCCAGGCACCGUUCCAAGGGGAUGGGCUGGUGGAGCUCCGACGACAACCUGGACAGCGACAGCAGUUACAUGGUGUCUGGCCGGCACGCUGUGGACCAGGGCACCCAGUACUGUGUGGACGCUCCCGAAAGUGCCUUCAGAGACUUGACCUUGAAGAGUCUAAAGGGCGGCAGGGAAGGAAAAUGCCUGGCCUGCGCUGGCAUGUCCAUGUCUCUGGACGGCCAGACGCUCAAGAGAAGUGCCUGGCACACCAUGACUGUCAGUCAGGCACGUGAAGCCUACCCCAGCGCCGGUGGCACUGAGAAGACCUUGAUGCUUCAGGAAGCAAAGGCCAAAGACCGAGCGUACCAGUACCUGCAGGUGCCGCAGGACGAGUGGAGCGGGUACCCAGCAGCGGGCAAGGACGGGGAGAUCCCCUGCCGACGGAUGCGCAGCGGCAGCUACAUCAAGGCCAUGGGAGAUGAGGACAGCGCUGACUCGGACGUCAGCGCCAAAAUACUGCCCAGGGCAGCCACGCGGCGAGACAGCUACCGCCGCUCCUCCAGCGCCGACCAGGCCAGGACCAAGUUUGCAAGUAGGCACUAUUCUGAUUCAUAUAUCUGUAACUGUCCCAGCUGCUGCACGCCACCGCGAAUGCUCCCGCGGGGACAGAGCUACGGGAGGUCCUUCACCACCGGCCAGAUCAACGAUGAGCUCAACCACCAGUUCGAGGCCGUCUGCGAGUCAGUUUUCGGCGAGGUAGAGUCGCAGGCUGUGGAGGCUCUGGACCUGCCCGGCUGCUUCCGCAUGCGGAGCCACAGCUACCUGCGAGCCAUCCAGGCAGGCUGCUCCCAGGACGAUGACUGCCUCUCGCUCUUCUCCAUGUCGGCCCCUGCCGGGCAGCCCAUCACCAGCAGCAUCCUGAAGCCCAGCACUUCCUUCAGUUACAGAAAAGCUCCACCUCCCAUCCCUCCAGGAACCAAAGCCAAGCCUCUCAUCUCCGUCACGGCGCAGAGCAGCACCGAGUCCGCCCAUGAGAGCUACCUGCCCAGCGAGGUCACCCGCGGCCCCGCCUGGUCCAAGGACGCUGCUGCCCGCUGCAACUCGGCUGAGAGCCUGGAGAGCUCCAAGGUGACCACCAUGACCCUUGACCUGCCUCCAGUCCAGCCCCGUGCCGCUCCCAAGCCCUCCACGCUCAUCAUCAAGGCCAUCCCCGGGCGGGAGGAGCUGAGGAGUUUGGCUCGGCAGCGCAAGUGGAGACCCUCCAUUGGUGUCCAGGUUGAGGCCAUCUCUGACUCGGAUACGGAGAGCAGGAGCCAGAGGGAGUUCCACUCCAUUGGAGUGCAGGUGGAGGAAGACAAAAGGCGAGCGCGCUUCAAGCGCUCCAACAGCGUGACGGCAGGCGUGCAGGCGGACCUGGAGCUGGAGGGCUUCACCGGGCUGGCCGUGGCCACCGAGGACAAAGCCCUGCAGUUCGGAAGGCCCUUCCAGCGGCACUCCUCGGAGCCCGAGUCCGGCCGGCAGUACGCCGUCUACAAGACGGUGCACACGCAGGGGCAGUGGGCGUACCGGGAGGACUACCAGCUGCAGUACGACACGGUGGAGGUGCCCCGCAGGGAUGCCUGGAUUGAGAGGGGCUCCCGCAGCCUCCCCGACUCUGGCCGGGCCUCCCCUUGCCACCGCGAUGGGGAAUGGUUCAUCAAACUGCUGCAGGAGGAGGUGGAGAAGAUGGAGGGCUGGUGCCAGCAGAUGGAGCGGGAGGCUGAGGACUAUGACCUGCCGGAGGAGAUCCUGGAGAAGAUCCGCAGUGCUGUGGGCAGUGCCCAGCUCCUUAUGUCCCAGAAGGUGCAGCAGUUUUACCGCCUCUGCCAGCAGAACAUGGAUCCCAACGCAUUCCCUGUGCCCACCUUCCAAGACCUGGCCGGCUUCUGGGACCUCCUGCAGCUCUCCAUUGAGGAUGUCAGCAUGAAGUUUGCAGAGCUCCAGCAGCUCAAGGCCAAUGGAUGGAAGAUUGUGGAGCCCAAGGAGGAGAAGAAGGUGCCUCCCCCGAUACCAAAGAAGCCGCCGCGCUCCAAGGUGCACCCGGUGAAGGAGCGCUCCCUGGACUCGGUGGACCGGCAGCGGCAGGAGGCUCGCAAGCGGCUCCUGGCAGCCAAGCGAGCUGCCUCCUUCCGCCAGAGCUCGGCCACCGAGAGCGCCGACAGCAUCGAGAUCUACAUCCCCGAGGCGCAGACCCGGCUGUGA